AAUCUUGUUGAGAUAUUGUUUUUAUUUUGUUUCAACUGUGUCAUUUUUUAACUUCAUUUUAUCUACUUUCAUAGCUAUGUUCUGAAAUUAAUUGUAGAUAAUGUACCUCUGAUGCAGUUAAAAAAAUGUAAUGUGUAUUAGAAUAUUUUUGUUUAUCUUGAAACCGAUGUAAGAUAUCAAGUUAUAUUUUUAUUCAUAAUAUGAAACGUCUAUCAUUAUUACAAAAACACAGUUAAAAAAUACAUUUAAGUUUGAAUGGUUUCUACUUAAUAAUAACUUUUGGGUUUUAUCUUCAUUACCAUUCAACCUUCACCUGAAACACAACUUUCACUUUAGUUUGUUAGUGGGGAGGAAAGUGGGUCUUGCAUUCUUCAAACCGUUGUUAGUCAGGAGCAUCUUUUAAAACCACUUUCACCUUUUCUCUUUCAGUCUUGAGUAAUCAGAGAGCAAUCGUAAUGUCUCUUUCAAGAUCUACUUUUAAGUGCAGUCAAGCCUUAUUGAGUUACAAUUCUUUAACAAAUUUGAACUACAGCUUUUUAAAAUAUGCAGCAGGAAGUGUAAACAUACAUUUUAAGAAAUCCUUCCACAAGGAUGUUUCUCUACAAAAUGUAGCUGGAAAGUUAGCUCAGAAUCAAAGACCAGAUUGGAAUAGAGCUGUGUCAGAAGCAGAGAAAAUAGUUGGAUAUCCUACAUCAUUUCUAAGUCUUCGUUGGCUAUUGAGUGAUGAAAUAGCUAAUGUAGCAUUACAUCUUCGUAAACUGGUUGGAUCUAAUCAUCCUCUUCUGAAGACCGCAAAAAGUCUACUUUAUAAUGGACGGAACAACAUGCAAGCAUGGGGACUCAUUGUCUUGCUCAUUUCAAAGGCAGCUGGCCAUCUCAAUGUUGAUGAAAUGGAAGAGGAUAAAGCAGCUGGAGUUCUUCACAGCCAAAGAGCGUUGGCUGAAGUGACAGAAAUGAUACGCACCAGCCAUCUGGUACACAAGGGCCUGGUGAAUAUCUAUCCUGAGAUGUAUCCUGAGCCUGCUGUUCUCAAUGAUAUGACCUUUGGCAAUAAGAUAGCACUUCUCAGUGGCGAUUAUCUGCUUGGCAAUUCAUGUGCUGAACUUGCGGCUCUUCGCAAUCAGGAUCUGGUUGAGCUGAUGAGUAGUGCAGUGCGAGAUCUGACAGAGGGGGAGUUUCUGGGGCGUAGAGACAAGCAGAAUAACCCUCUUCCAUCACCACCACCCCACACUGCAGCACUGGCAGACUGGACCCAACGUAACGUGCUGAGCGCAGGCAGUCUGCUGGGCAAGUCUUGUCAGGGAACGCUCAAGUUGGCAGGCCACAGCACACAGCUGCAGGACCAAGGGUACAAGUUUGGCAAGCAUCUGGCUCUUGCUUGGCAGGCUUGUCUGGACCUGGAACCUUUCACUGGGAAUCAGUACGUUCCUGGAGCCAUGUUCAGUCUAACCUCAGCUCCUGUCAUGUUCCAUCUGGAGAGUGAGCCUUCCCUGCUUAAAGAGAUUGACAAGGGCCUGGAAUCUGUGCAGAAUGUUGACUAUGCAAAGGUGCACAGCAUUGUAUCAAAAGGUCCAGGAAUUGCCAUGACAAAACAGUUGCAGAGGGAACAUUCACAGCAAGCCAUGCAAGUGUUACAGUUCUUCCCAGAUAGCGACGCACGCACUGCCCUGUCUAACAUCAUUGUGGCUAUGGGAGAGCUUUGAUAUCGUGGUCAAGAGACUGAGGCCAUAAGUUGAUGUUACCUCUUGGCCUUCUGCUAUCUACAACCUCUUCUUCAUACUCUACAUAAACUGUUCAACUUGUAGAGCAUUUCUUCUCACUUUGGUGAUCAUACUAUUCUGUCCAAUAUCAUUGUGGCUAUGGGAGAGCUCUUACACAGGUCGAUUAACUUAGGUCAUCAUCUGAGUUACCUCUUGAUCUUCUAAUACCUGCAGUUCAUAUUAUACCCAAAGUGGUAAAUUUGUAGACCUUUCUUUCUUACUUUAGUGCAAAUUCCUUUCUCCUACAUAAUUGUGACUGUGGGAGAGCUCUUACCAAGUUCAGAAAACUGAGCCCAUCAGCGAACUUACCUCUUGUCUUUCUGCAGACUGCAGACUGUUCCUUCUUACCGGUGCUCUCACUGCUCUGUCCAAAGUGUAUGAUGAUAAUGGUAUGGUAGACGUAUAGUUGUAAAUUAAUGAAACCAAGAAUUAGUAAUGGACAAAUUUAGAAUUUUUGAAUCCCAAAUCCAAUUUUGAACCUUAAAAAGUCGAUUCCCGAUCCUCAAACCCUCAUAGCUUUUUUAAAACUUAGUAUGACUUAAAUAAAAUCACUACCAAUUACAUUUCAUUUAUUCUUAAACCUUUGGAGACCGUCUGAUAAUAUAAAAAGUAAUCCAAGAAUACCACUCUAUUAUAAAGACCUUCUACUUUAAUUUGAUAUUUUAUAAUAUGGGCUUCCGGAAUAUAUGCUUUUAAUCUAAACCAAUAUGGGCAAAAUUUGCAUCACUUAUUAAAUGUAUUCUAUACUGUAAAUGUUUCAAAGUUUUCAUACCACCCUUUGUCUUGGAAAAAAUAUUAAUAUAUAAACAUAAUAUAUUUUAUGAAGAAAAUAUUUAUACAUCUACAAAAAUUGUUAAGUGAAUAAAAUAUCAAUAGUUCUUUACAAAUGAAAUACAACAAAAACAUGUUUUUGCGAUCUGUAAUAUGCGUAAUACCGAUCAGCUGUUGUCCGUGAAUACAUGCAGCAGACUAAUGGCGCUGUUGGAACGAUAAUUUAGAAGAUACUAACAGCAUGCAAAAUAUUAUUUACAAAUAAUAUGUUAAUAACGAUACCUAUCUACGGAUUUCAAAAUUCAAAGUACGGCAAAAACAUGUUUUAGCGAUUAGUAAUUUUUGUACUGUUAAUCAACUAAUAAAGACGCGGCGGUUGUCCCCAGAUUCAAAUGUCAAACCCCAUUGAUAGAUUCUCGAAUCUAAAUCAUUGUUAAAGAUUCAGUGGAUUAGAGAUUCAGAUUCAAUCCAUCACUACUAAGAAUGUCACUCAUAUUACCUAAUGCUUCCUGUCUCUUCUUUAUAUUGCACAAAAACUGAUCAGCCUGUAGGCGCUACUACAAUAUGGUGCUAACUGCACUUGGAACAUAAAUUUUGCUAUGAAGAACUAUUGUUUCUUUUAAAGUCAUGUGAUUUUUACACACUCAACAACUUAUCUUCUUAAAUAUAGUAAUAUAGUAAACUCUAUCCACUUUUGUUCUUGAAAAUUUACAAUAAGAAAAAGGAAAAAGUAUUACAAAGUGUACUGAAAGUGUGUAUUUCAGUACGUAUUACCUUCUGUGUAUCCAAUAAUAGUAAUUUUCUUAAAAGUGUAGUCCUUUAAGAAAAAGAAUUCUAUUUGUGAAUCUUUUAGGUAUUCUGUAAUAACAUAGAAUGCUGUAAGAUUAUUUGUUGCUUAUAAAGAAAGAUAAAGCACUUUUUGUAUUAUAUUCCAUGUUAUGUAAUGUUUUUUUAAUUGUAACAAAUGACUAUACUUUGCAUGUAGCAUGUAUUUUUAUAUGUAAAUAAUAAUGUUUAUCGAAUCAUAUUAUUGUAUUAAAUUCUUUGUAAAUUUAUUAGAAUAAAUAUUGUAUAGGUUUAUAAAUAUAUAAAUACCAUAUUUGUACAAAGAACUUACUGAUAUAAUCAUUGUUAAAUAUAAUUUGCCUUGAUUCAAAAACAUGUGCUAAAGAAAUAUAAGUGUUCAACAAGUUGCAAUAUAAAAUAUUAUUGUAACUGUCAAUGUAUUAAAUUUGUAAAUAGUUCAAAUAUUUUAUAAUGCUUGUCUUCCGUAUUUUAAGACGAAAAUUUAAAAAAUAAAGAUCUUCCUAAGUAAGACACUGUAUUAUAAAGAGUGUCACUAACAAACUGUUGGAUUGGAUUUUCAAAUUCUGCACAAUGUUUAUUUUGAACAUAAAUUAUUAAUUUGAUUUGUGUUUUAAAUUCUUAUUUGUUUAGCAUCUGUCUCUGUGUAUGGCUGUAAAACAUGAGGUCAGAACCGUUUACAUUCUUGCUGUUCUGUAUUAGAAUCCCUCAAGAUUGACUUAAGUUUCCUCAAAUACCAUUAAUAGUAUGACCAAAUGAUCUUGGAUUCCUCUGAUAAUUAAUCAUUUCUUAUUAAAAAUAUUUAUUUUGUUACAUUGUAGUUUGUUAUGUUUAUAUUCAAUUUGAUAUUGAGAGCCUUGUAUUAAAAUGUCAAACUUAUUGUGUUUAAGAUAUUUUGAAAUUAUUAUUGUAAUUUUGUAAAAAAAGUUUAUAACUAAUCUUGCCUAAACGUUUAGAAUAGUUUUGAUUUCAAGGUUCUACUAUACUAAUCUGAUUAAUGUUUGCAUCAAAGUUUCAAAGACUUAACAUUUUUUCAUAAAAUUGCAUAUUUUACACAGUACAUCAGAUUACUCAGAAAGUGUUUGGCAUAGUUUGAAUAAUCCUGAUAUAUGUAUGUUAAUUACAUAAUAAUAUAUAAUAUAACAACGUUUAGGUUAGAUUUAGAAGGCUGUAAAAAGUGAAAAUAUUUGUUAACAUAUUUCAAAGAAAUUCCGCUUGGUAAUUUAUUAAAAAAUGUAAUUAUAUUAAUAGUUUUAUGUUUUUAACCUGAAGUUUUUUAAAAUUCAUUAAAAUUCUAAAUUAAAAUCUAUGAUCAAAUUUUUCUAUGAUUUAAAAAACCCCAGUAUGUUCAUAUUAAUAGACUAACAUUUAUGACCAUACAAAUCAAUUAGUUAGUGCAUGUAGUCGAGUUUCAAUUUACACCAAUUACAGUGGAUUUUAUGCAGCUAUUUUAUCUCAAGCUAUGGGAUUUGUGGCAGAUGCCUGAAAAAUAUUCAUGAAAUCUAAAAGUAUAAUUUUAAUUUUUUAUUAAAAGUGUUUUAGGAAUGGUUAAUUUUCACUCAGAAGUUGUUAUAAUGCAAUUAAAUAUAAAUAGUAUUUUAUGGAAUAUUUUUGAGUUGUAAUGAUUAGUAUUCCAUGAUUAAAUUUAUAAAAUUAUAGAUUAACAAUUUCAAUUGUAAAUAAUCUAUUUUGAUUAUUUUUGAGCAAUGUGAUGACAUUUAAGUUUUGUUGUAAGCAAUGUGUACAAUUUCAAAUUAAUUUCAUUUAAUUGUAGAUUUGAGUCCGUCCAGCUAUGCAUGUUUGAAAAUGCAAUAAGCGUAAAUAAAUUAUAUUUUAAUAUAA